AUGUCUUCCGGCUUCGUCUCCGCAGGCACAAACGAUGAACCGGUAGAGCGCGAUGAUGACUGGCAGCGCGUCCAACGAGAACUCGAAGAGGAACGAAAGCGCAAAGCGGACUUAGGCAAGCAGGAUGGUGGCAAGAGUCUCUUCGAUGUCCUGGAGCAGAACAAGAUGGCCAAGCAGGAAGCCUUUGAGGAGAAGAUCAAAUUGAAGAAUCAGUUCCGGUCACUGGAUGAAGACGAAGUUGAUUUCCUAGACUCGAUAAUGGAAUCAACACGGGCCCAGGAAGCGGCUGUGAAGAAAGACACGGCGGACCAGCUUGAGGUGUUCCGAAAGCAGCGCGAGGAGGCUGAAAAAGCUCUCCUGGAAGAUGGCUCUGCUAAUGUCAUUCCAGCUGCUGAAGCAGAGGACUGGAAGAUUCCGGGGCGCAAACGGCGACGGGAGAAGAAAAAAGACUCUUUGAUUCCCGGCAAAAAGCGGAAAUCUACUGCUGAGGGUACUGGUGAGGACUCUCCGCCAACUGGGAAGAAGAUGGAGGGAAACCAACCUACCACUGAGGGGGAGAAGAGCACAGGACCUGCGAAAAGUGGCCCGGCUGCGCCUCGGCAAGAGCCACAAUCGUCACCGGGCUCUAACAAUCCUGGGAAGCCCGCAGAAAGUACGAAGGCGACGAGUUCGAAGCCAACAGAACCUCCAAAACCAGCUGCAUCUCUUGGCUUGGCUGACUAUGGUUCUGAUUCGGAAUGA